AUGGCGGACAAGGCAGCGUCUGAGAGAAGGUGCCAGUCAUCGGACUUCCAGAACAGCCUCGAGAACACUUUGCUCCAUCAACUACCUACGCUGGGGCCGCUGAGGGGCGACCACCCGCAAUUCACCAAGGUCAAAAAGGCCAACAGUCCCCACGGCCCACAGGCCCCCAAGCUGAAGGCCACGCUCACCCACAGCUUCUCGGGAGAAGGCUCAGGACACCGCAGGCGGUGCUGCCCCUUCCGAGUGCGAUUUGCUGACGAGACCCUACAGGACACAGCGCUCCGCUACUGGGAGCGCAGCUGCGCGGUCCGACAGGGCAUCGCCGACCACAGGCCGGCCGCCCAGCCGACGGCAUCGGAGCGAGCACUUGGGAGCAUCAGGAGAUGGCUGGAGAGUUUGCCCAAAGCCCUGCACUCCAGGGCCAAGGAGGAGGCCAUGGCCAGCUCCCCAUUCAGCUGGGACUCCCCCGGCCUGCCCAUCCGGGAGCUGCAGAGCCACCUCUCUGAGGACACCUCCAUGAGCAGCAGCCGGCCCUUUAUCGCCAGGGCCACCGCCCAGAGGCAGCAGAGAGACAGCAAAACCCUCCUGGGCAGCCACAGCAUUCUCGACCAGACGGGCAAAUCGCCCUGCUCCUGGAGCCAGAAACUGGAGUCCUUCCUGCCCCGCUUGGAGACACACACGGCCCUGAAGCGAGGCCGGCCGAAGGGGUACCAGCUCCUCCUGCCUUCCGUAGUCCAUCAGCAGGCCCAGCGCUGA